AAUAUUUUACUAAGUCGCGCCGCUUCCUCUGAACCCUAACACUCUGUGUACCCUAACCCUAGCUCCGGCGACAAUGGAGGUAGCGAACGCCCGUAAGCGCAAGUUCGACGACACCGUAUCACCGGCUCCAGCAUCAAGAUCCAAUGGAUUCAACGACGACAAUAACAACAACAGCAUCGAUCUUUCCCUUCUGGAAGCCAUCGAGAAAUCACAGAACACCGUGGAAGUUAUGGACCUUCGAACCCUAAAGAAGCUCGUUCUCGCCUUGGAGCGUCGCCUCAAGGAGAACAUCGAAGCCCGAUUGAAGUACCCGAACCAGCCCGAUCGGUUUGCCGAUUCUGAAGUGGAGCUCCACGAAGAGCUCCAGAAGCUGAAGGUUCUCGCCGGAGCACCCGAACUGUACCCGGAUUUCGUCAACCUCAAUGUCGUUCCCUCAAUUGUUGACUUGCUCAACCACGAUAACACCGACAUCGCCAUCGACGUCGUUCAGUUGCUGCAGGACCUAACCGACGAGGAUGUUCUCGACGAGAAUGAUGAACCGGCUAGGGUUUUGGUCGAUGCUUUGGUCGAGAGCAGCGCGCUCGAACUCUUGGUUCAGAAUUUGCACCGGUUGUCUGAUUCUGACUCGGAUGAAGCUGCCGCAGUUUACAAUACUCUCGCGACGAUCGAGAAUUUGAUCGAGGUUAAGCCCGCGGUGGCGGAAUUGGUGUGUGAGAAGACCAAGCUGUUGAAGUGGUUGCUGGGGAAGAUCAAAGUGAGGGAAUUUGAUAGUAAUAAGCAAUAUGCUUCGGAGAUUUUGGCCAUUUUGCUGCAGAGCAGUACGGUGAAUCAGAAGAAGUUGGGGCAGAUGAAUGGGGUGGAUGUGGUGCUGCAGGCAGUGGCAAUGUACAAGUCUAAGGACCCCAAGAGUUCGGAUGAGGAAGAGAUGGUGGAGAAUUUGUUUGAUUGCUUGUGCUGUUUGUUGAUGCCUUUGGAGAAUAAGGAAAGGUUUGUAAAGGCUGAAGGGGUGGAGUUGAUGAUAAUUAUCAUGAAACAGAAGAAAUUGGCUUAUGGGUCGGCUAUAAGGGCGCUUGAUUUUGCAAUGACCAAGUACCCUCCUGCUUGUGAACGGUUUGUGGAUGUUUUGGGCUUGAAGACAGCGUUUGCAGCUUUUAUGGGUAAGAUUCCCAUCAGUAAGAAGAACAAGAAAGAACGGUACCAAGAGGAUUUAGAGGAGCGCCUUGUGUCACUGAUUGCUUCAUUAUUUGGUGGGAUCUUGAGGGGUUCUAGGAGAGAACGAUUAUUAAGUAAAUUUGUUGAAAAUGAAUGUGAGAAGAUAGACAGGCUAAUGGAACUAUACAUCAGAUAUUCAGAUAGAGUCAAAGCAGAAACUGAACGGUUGAAUCAAAUUGAGCUUGAUGACUUGGAGAUGGAUGAAGAUGAAAAAUACAAUCGGAAACUAGAAUCUGGACUUUAUACUCUGCAGUUGAUUGCUGUCAUUUUGGGUCAUCUUUGGUGCUCAGAGCAUCCGCAAAUGAGAGGAAGAAUUGAACUACUUCUCAAGCAGAACAAACUUAGUAAGAAGCAUGUCAAGGAUGUACUUCAGGAAUAUCAUGACAAUAUUGGUGAUCUUGAUGGACCAGAAGAAAAGGAGCGAGCACAGACAAAAAUUCAGAAGUUCAUAAUGGCGUUAUAACUUUUGUAUGACUAAAGAGUAAACUUGAAUAGAGUUAUUAAAGUUUUUUUUUUUUUUUAAAUGCAUGUAAAAUCUGUUAUUUGCCCAGAACGAGGAAUAGAUUAUUCAGGGUAAUGGAGAAAGAAAUGUGAUUUGCAAAUGUUGUUGAGAUCAUGGUC